UAAGAAUUAAGAUUCUCAUCCAGGCGUACCGCGAGGCUUUCUGAUGCUUCGCAUCCGGAUUGGCCAUAAUGCAGCUCUCACGCAGUAAGGCUGAGCCUGCACCUCAACCAUUUCCCACAUCGCUCUUCCUUCUCUUCUUCAACAUUCUCCCAAAAUUAUCGCACCGUGCUUGCAAUCAUCCUUCCUAUCUUCGAUUUUCAGCAUCUUUCCAUUGCAAAGAAGCCACAAACAUGGACGGGCUGAGCGCAGCCGCAAGUGGCAUUGCCGUCGUCUCCCUCGCGAUCCAACUCGUGGACUCGGUCCGCCAGAUCCAACGAUUUUUGCACAAUGUCUCAGAAGCGCCAAAGGAACUGCAAAGGUUGAUCAAUUUGUUGGAGCAGCUUGAGCUGAUUCUCGAGAAUAUUGGAGAACUCAUUGACAGGCAACGACGGCAGAGCGCAGACGAGGACGUAGCCGUGUCAGAGACAAUUUUGAGAGCGAUGAAGACUUGCGAGAACACCAUCAAGGGACUAGCAGGCAUUGUGGACGUGGCAAGGAAGUCCGCAGGACCGCAGAGGCGAAGAACAGAGCAACCAAGACUUUGGGAUCAUUACGAUUGUCGUGCAAGAAGAAGGAUAUCGAGGAGUUCGAACGUCAGUUACAUGAGGCUGCCAGCUUGCUUAACUUGACGAUGACGACGAACUUGAUGGCCCAGGUCAUCGCAACGAACCAGAUCACGACUACCAUCAGCCAGGAGUUGGUUCUUCUGCGAAAUAAUUCCCAGGGUAGCUGUAGUCAGAGUUGUCAUGAAGCUAUUGCUGACAUUGGUGUCUGUGCCAAAAACCGUGGAAGGACAAGAUCUAGAGCUUCGAACCGUCAAUUUUCCUCGUUUCAGACCCCACUUGGGAGGGUAGUCAUCAGAAAGCAAUCCAGCACGGCGACUUUCGAAAAUGCUGAAGGAAGACUUUCCAUGAAACCUUAUACCCAGGACGAAAGUACUUGGAUCUUCAUGCCAUCCUUCUUCUCCCGUUGUAUCGACUUUCGGUACCUGAAUAAUUACGGGUACAUUCAGAGAUCUCUUAGAACUUAUCCGGUGGUUCGAAGUGACC